GGAGACUUGAGUGUGACCAGACAUUGUGGAAUAGUGGCAAUACAGCGAUGCAGCCCUGCCAAACAAAAAGCCACACAAGAUCGAGCCACAACAAAAUAAAAUUCGGGCCCGAACGGUUGAUCGUGAAACGCGGCGUCUAAUUAUUUGCAAGAAUCCAGCCCCGCAGCUUGCAACGUGCGAACUGCAAUCCGAAUAUUGUGAAACCUAGUGAUGUGUUGUAUGUGCGGGCCGAGCUCCAGGAACUCCACUUGCUGACCACUUGCUCAGUGCCAGUGCCAGGCCCUUGAAGCCGAAGCCCCUGCGUCCCAGUCAUGGACAUUCCUAGUUUAAGCACUGCCUGGCUGCUCCUUCUGGUGGCAGCCGCCUGGUCCGGUGGUGGUCGGGCCCAAGAGGCGCCACCACCAUCACCAGCGCCCGCACCCGCCCGACCCCCGCCUCGCGUCAAGCUGAACAAAUGCUGCCACAUGGGCGAGUACCUGAACGAGACGACCCGAUCCUGCAACGCCGGCAGCCCGGAGCAGUGGGUGCCGAUGGUGUACCUGGUGCAGCAGCAGCGAUUCUUCGAGCCCGUCGGCGGCAGUCCCCGCUUCAUGAAGUUCCUGCCCCACUCGCGUCCCCAGUGCCCGGACCAGUACCAGGAGCUCAUCCGCAGCCGGAACACCAACGUAAUGCUCUUCCCCAACGGCAGUCUGUAUGUGAGGGAGCGCGGGCUGUUUGUGGAGCCGCCGAACUACUGCGUGGACUGGCAGGUGGCCCUCGUCUGCCUCGACCAGGACAAGAAGCAACAGCAGGAGCAGUCCCAGCAGCCGAACGGUGAUCCCGACCAGGAGCAGCCGGACAUACUGCGCCUGCGGAAGUGCUGCGGCAAAUACGGCAGCUACGACACCCAGAAGAAGGACUGCGACCUGCAACCGAAUCAUCCACCCGAUGGACAGCUCCGACUGGCCCCCCAACUGGCGGUGGGUAGCUACGAGACGAUAUACGGCCUGCCGGAGUGCUCCUCGCCGGGCGGCUAUGCCAUCGCCGGGGACUGGACCGAGGCGAAGUUAAACCGCUCGGAUAGGCAUCUCCGGCUGCCGCACACCAAUCUCAGCGCGGACCAGUACUGCCUGGAGCACACGCAGCGCGAGGGCGAGGUGAAGAUCAUCGCCUGCCAGUACCUGUUCAGUCCGGAGCUCUACGACCUGGGCCCCGGCGAGAUUCAUGGCAAUAAUCUGCAGCGGGCCGUCCUCACGGGAGGGAUACUGGUGUCCAUUGUCUUCCUGGCCGCCACACUGGUGGCGGGAUUCAUGCUGCCGGCGGUUCAUCAUGCCCUACACUGGCGGUGCCAGAUCUGCUACAUCUUCUGCCUGCUGGUGGGCAAGGUGCUGCUGGCCAUCGAGGAGUUCAGCACCGGAUUGGAGCCGGGCACCGCCUGGUGCCUGAUGCUCGCCAUUUCGAUGCAGUUCUUCUUCCUGGCCGCCUUCUUCUGGCUGAACACCAUGUGCUUCAAUAUUUGGUGGACGUUCCGGGACUUUCGUCCCAGCUCCCUGGAGCGCAGCCAGGAGGCACUGCGUCUCUUCCUCUACUCCCUGUACGCCUGGGGAGGACCCCUGCUGAUCGUUUUUGUGGCCGCCUGCGUGGAUCAGCUGCCGGAGACGAGUUUGCUGCGUCCGGGAUUCGGGCAGUUGUACUGCUGGUUCGACAAUCGCUCCCUCUCGAUCUUCGCCUACUUCUACGGGCCCAUCGGCCUGCUCCUGUGCGCCAACAUAGUGCUCUUCUUGUCCACCACCCACCAGCUGACCUGCGGCCUGUGGAAGCGCGACGAUGUCAAGUCCUCCACGGAGAAGUCGGCCCUCGGCCGGGUCUGUCUCAAGCUGGUGGUGGUGAUGGGCGUCACCUGGAUAGCGGACAUCAUCUCGUGGCUGGUCGGAGGGCCACAUGGUGCCUGGUUCGCCACCGAUCUGAUCAACGCCCUGCAGGGCGUCUUCAUCUUCAUUGUGGUGGGCUGCCAGCCGCAGGUGUGGACCGCCUGCCGUCGCAUCUGCUGCCCCCGGUUGCGCCACGACAUCACCAACACCACCAACGGUGUCCAGCACUCGAGCAGCUCCCAGGGCCUCCCAUCGAUGGCCGGCGGCACUGAGUUCACCCAGAACACCAGCAUGCCGAGUAGUCCACCGGCGGACAGUGGCUUCCCGGAGGAUAAUCUCGACAAGGAUAAGGCUAGUCUGGGUCCAGGAUCAGGCACACCGCCAGGCACACCCGCUUCGGCUCCUCCCAAAAUGGAAACCAUCUGCUAAACCACAACUGAGACGAGCGACAAUGCGAAAGUGAGCCCGGAUCCAAGUUUCCAGACCCUGAGAGCUGCCGGAAUGGCAAUGGGCAAGCCCAGCUCAAGCCCAGAAGAAGCAGAAAAGCAACAAAAGCCGCGUUUUUGAGACGCAAGUUGAGGGCACACUUGCGCAAUAGCAGCCACCAACAACAACUACGAAACAACAACAAGAGGAGCAUUCAAGCACGCGCAUUGACCGGCCCAGCUAAUUGUACAUGAAUGUGUAUGUGUAUGUAUGGUGGUGUGUGUGUGUGUGAUUUUGAAAUCGGCCAACAACCGCAGAUGGAACAAAGUACUCAGCAGUAUUCCACUUCAAUUUAAAAGCAGGCACAAAAGAAAUGGAUUUUAUUCACAAAACGUGGUUGGAAAAGGAGAAAGACAAAGACAGAGACAGGGAUAGGUAGCAGAACUAACGGUAUAUCGAGUGUGGUCAGGUCACAUUAACACGUUCUAAUUGGACGUUAGUCGGUCAGUGUUGCAAAAUCGCAUCUGACACAGGCCUAGGGGUUAGGGUUAGGGAUUAGGGCUUAGAGAGGGGAGAAAAGCUUCUAUCGCAAGACCCCGUUUGACAAGAACCAGAACACACGUCUCUAACUUGUGACAAUGGUAUGUGCGGCAAACAGGAAUUUUGUUUUUUUUCUUCUUCUUCAUCAUCAUAAUAGACAAAGCGCAUCUAUUGUUACUUGCUUUCUCCAUCUCCAUCUCCAUCUCUGUCUCUCUCUAGCGAUCGGUGAGGCAAACCACAAGGAAUUUUUUGUUGAGGUAUUUUGUUGUUGUUGUUUGCAUUUGAUAUUCUAUUUGCUAGUUUUCUGUUUCUGCUUGGCUGUGCUUUGCUUUCUUUAAAAAAAAAAAAAGAAUCUCAAGUGUGAGAAAAACAGCAGCCGUUCUGCACAAACAAACAAAAGAACACAUAUAGAUGUGUGUUUAACAUUUAAAUUAGCCGAUUCUUUGUAUUUUUCAAAUUCCCAUUGACGACUCCACCAACUGCAUAUAUCUAUGUAUGUGUUUUUUUUUUCGAUUGCCUAAUCAUUUUGUUUUUUACGAUCUUCUAAGUGGAUUCCUUUUUUAAGACUCUGGAGAAAUAAUACUGACUGAAACUAUUUUUAUGUAUGCGCUGGAAUCUGAUUCCAUUCUUUUCUUCCUAUUUUUUUUUCAUGUGUAAAGUAAACAAUUGGAAUUUAUUUACUUGGUGGCAUAAACAAAAACAAAACUCGGAAAAAAAAGGGCAUCCGAAAAGUUAAUAGUAAACACACACACACACACACAGUACACAUCCGACCAAAUCACUGAAAGAUCAAAUUGAUCAUCGAAAGUUCAAUGAUAUCGAUCGAUCAAGGUUAAAUUAAUGCCGAAAAUGGAAAGUUUGGUUAAUAAAACAACCAAAAAUCCAUACACACACACACACAACCAAACAUCUGCACACACACUUUCAUGUAGUUUGGCGCGAAAUUUCAAAAUGUAUUUCCCACUAUACCCCAUCGUAUUUUUAUGUUUUAGUUCUUGAAACCGCAGAAACUACAAUGCAGUACAAUUAUUAUUUCUUAUUUUUAUUUUUUUUUUUAAACAAAACCUUUUGAUUUCAUUAAUUAAUUUAAAUUUAAGACGCGUUUAACGUGACUGAUCGAGAAGGAGUUUAAAAAUAUUGUAUUAUUUAGUGGAACUUCCAAAGUGUUCAGGCCAAAAGUUUAUAGUUUUUUUUUUCAUCCCAUAACUAUAUUAUUACUCGAUUAUUUGUAUAUGUUUUAUUGUAUAUAACGAGGACACUAUAUAUAUUUUUUUUUUCAAUAUAUAUUGUAUGUAUUUGAAUCGAAUGUGAAAUUAACGAAUAAUGACUGAUGUAACAAAGGCAGCGAAUACUUUCAACUAGUUCAUAUUUUUGAUACUAACUAUUUGACUAUUUUUGUAUAUAAAUUCGUAAAAUCUAUUGGCUAAGCGAUUGUACCUACAAAUAUACAUGUAUUUUAAUCCCAAUAUUCAUAACUUAUACUCGAAAACCAUGUAACUCAACAUCGAAUAAAUAGUUUUUAAGUUUUAGUCUGUAGUUCGAUGCUAAGUCCUAACGAUUAUUGCCCCCGAAGAGUAUUUUAAACGAUAAUUAUAUCAUAUAAUGUAUGUCUUUCAUAAGGAAUAUAUAUCAAUUAUAAUUCGCUUUUGGAGGCGUGCGUA